UUCAAUAAAACUGCCACAUUCCUUGGAGUACCAUUUAUUUAUGUUUGUUACAUCAAUUUAUCCUUCAUGAGAAGACAGUUGAUAUAUUCAUCGCAUUGCGAAGAUAGAUAAAAACAACCCGUGAUGAUUUAAGAAUGUUUUAUCUGUUGACAAAAUUUUUCCAUGGCGCUAUCGGCGAGGAAUUAUCGAGGAAUAUAGUCAGACGUUUGUUAACGAUCGAGACGAGCAAAAGUGAACAACGAGCCAUCCAGCUGACUGCAAUUAUUAAUUCUUGGGGCGAUAGGAUGGCAGCAUAUGUGUGUAUCGAAGACUAUGAGAAGCAUGCUCUGGAACAUUUGACUCCUUCCAUAAGGGACUACUAUAAAGGCGGCGCAGGAGAAGAAUAUAGCGCAAAAUGGAAUAGGGAAGCUUUUAAAAAUUACAGGAUACGUCCCAGAUUUUUGCGAAACGUGUCCGAAAGAGAUAUAAGCACGACGGUGUUGGGUUACAAAGUCUCAAUGCCCUUGGGAGUUGCACCUACCGCAAUGCAACGUAUGGCACAUCCUGAUGGAGAGUGCGCCAAUGCAAGGGCUGCUCAAGCAGCAGGAACAAUUUUCACUCUUUCGACAAUAGCCACGAGCAGUAUAGAGGAAGUGGCAGAAGCUGCACCGAAGGGUAUAAAGUGGCUCCAGCUCUAUGUUUAUACUGAUAGGAAUAUUACCUUAAAUUUGAUAAGACGCGCCGAACGUGCUGGUUUCAAAGCACUGGUUCUCACCAUCGAUGCGCCAAUUUUUGGUGAUCGACGCGCCGAUUUGAGAAACAAAUUUUCACUGCCUAAUCAUUUGAGAUUCGCAAAUUUCCAAGGUGAUUUAUCGAAACGAAUAAAUUCAACGAAAACUGGCUCUGGUCUUAACGAAUAUGUUACUGCACUGUUCGAUACAUCUCUUUCCUGGGAUGACGUAAAAUGGCUUAAAAGAAUUACAACACUACCGGUAAUUCUUAAAGGAAUAUUAACAGUAGAGGAUGCAUGUUUAGCCGUGGAAAAUGGGGCUGAUGCCAUCAUAGUAUCAAAUCAUGGUGCGCGUCAGAUAGAUAGUGUUCCAGCAACGAUCGAAGUUUUACCUGAAAUAAGCAAAGCCAUAGGAGAUAAAAUUGAAAUCUAUAUGGAUGGUGGAGUGAUGCAAGGCAUUGACGUGUUCAAAGCAUUGGCAUUGGGUGCAAAAAUGGUAUUUAUUGGCAGACCGAUGCUAUGGGGCUUGGCAUAUAAUGGCGAGAAAGGUGCUUACGAGAUUCUUGAACUUAUGAGAAAAGAAAUUGAUUCUGCAUUCGCAUUAACUGGUUGCAAGUCCGUAAAAGAUAUUACACGGGAUAUGGUAAUUCAUGCAUCUUACUAUAGCCAUCUAUAAAUUAAUUUUACAUCAGACGUAGUUACAGAUAUGUACAAAUAUGGAGCGAGAGUCGUUUGACUACUUUGUAAUUGAUCACAAGCCACUCAUACAGUUUGUCUCGAAAAAACUAGGCACUAGAAUAAUUGUGGUCAAUCGCAACAUGGUCAAACGGAACGUUACCACAAAUACAUAUGUACAUAUGUUCAAAGGAUAUCGACAUAAAAUUUUUAGUUUUACUGAUGAUUUUUUGUUACUAAGAAUGUAUUUGUUAAGAUUGUAUUUCA